UGGUGGCGAAAUCCGUUCACUUGGAAGUCAUCGGCACUGUGUUUUCAGACUCGAUGCGUUGUAUUCUAACAAAGCAGCUUCUAUGACGCCACCCCCCACCCCCGUGUGUACACACAAAUCACACGCGCGCUCACCAUCAAACGUCACGGCUGACUCUGUGCUUUUGCAAUCUUCAACGCGACCAACAUUAUCAUCGUCGUCGUCGCAAUGUCGGGGAGUAAAGCUGCCAAGAGUCAAGCGACGAAAGUCAGCCUCGCUCCGACUUUCAGCAAGGUGGCCGCUGAUUCGCUGGCGGGGAUCGAGACGGAGUACAUCGGGAACCUGCAGGAGCAAGUCUACCUGCUGGAGAUGGAGACGGACUUCCUCCGUGAGCAAGCCAAGAAGGCUUCGGAGCUGCAGCCCAAGAUGACGUCCGAGGCGGAGCGAAUGCUACACAAGAUGCGGGGAAUGGAGGUGGAGGCCCAGGGGAUUCAUCUGGAGCUGCGGCGGAUGGAGGCGAGCGUCUCCUCCCUGCGCUCCGAGAACGAGCUGCUGAGCCGCCAGCUGCGAGCCGAACAAGACGCGCGAGCGGCCGACAAGCGCGCACUCCUGGCCGAGCUCGUGGCCGAGCGUCAGCGGCGAGAGCUGGGGGACCGCGAGGCGACCUUCAAGGAGGCGGAGGUGUCGCGCGCCCGCCAGGAGCAGGAGGCCGCGCUGGCGUCGCUGCGCAGCGCCGAGCACAGCGUCCGCAUGCUGGAGACUCAGUUGGCUCAGCGGGGCGAGCAGCAGCGAGCCACGGAGGCCGAGCUGAGCGAGCGGCGGGCCCAGCUGCUGCGUUCACAAGCGGCGCUCGGCACCGCCCAGGAGCACUUUCUGAGCAGUAGCGCGGUGCUCCAGGAGCAGAUCGCCCGUGAAUACAGGGAGGAGGCGCGGACACUGAGGCAGCAGCUGCGUGAGCGGGAGCUCUCCGGCGAGCAGGAGCGCCUGAUCCGAGCCAAGGCCACGGAGGACUGCGCCGCCCUCGCGCGCUGACAACGCUGCGCUGCGCGCCCAGACGCUGGAGCUCAGCCGCUGCCUGGAGCUGGAGCGCUCUCUGCGGGACGAGGGCGCCAGCCGGCUGUCGUCGAGCGCCUCGCGGCUCCUCGUCGCUGCAGGAGUCGGAGCGCUCUGGGCACGGCGAGAAUCCUCCGCUUGCGCCAACUGCUCGAGGAGGAACGCAAGAGGACGCUUGACGCGCUCCAG